AUGUCAAGAAUCACCACGUCUUUCCUGAAGCCCUUAAGCUCAUUCACCAAUGCAGCUGGACCGUCGAGAAUAGCUCGAAGAAGUUUCGGACUUUUUCCUCGAGCAGAAGAAGGUGGUUAUAAUGACGAAGCUUCGAAUCCUGUCGUAAGAGAUUCCUUAGUACCAAUCGUAGUUGAGCAGACUGCAAGAGGAGAAAGGAGUUAUGAUAUCUAUUCUAGAUUAUUAAGGGAAAGAGUGAUAUUCCUUGGUCCAGUGAACUCAGCGGAUUCUACACUUCUAACUGCACAACUGCUAUUUCUAGAAGCUGAAGAUCCGUCUCGUCCGAUCAAACUAUAUAUAAACUCCCCUGGAGGAGUGGUCACUUCUGGUUUAGCGAUAUACGAUACGAUGCAAUAUAUCUCACCGCCUGUACAUACGUUCUGUAUGGGUCAAGCGGCAAGUAUGGGUAGUUUGUUACUGGCUGGAGGAGAAAAGGGUCAUAGAUAUGCUUUAAAGAACAGUAGUGUCAUGAUACAUCAACCUUCCGGAGGAGCUCAAGGUCAAGCUUCAGAUAUAGCAUUACACGCCAAAGAAAUAUUACGAAUCCGAUCUUCUUUAACUGACAUAUACGCAGAUCACUGUACACGUCCGGAUGAAGCUAGAGAAACUGCAAGAGGUAGAUUCGAGAAAGCUCUGGAGAGAGAUUAUUUCAUGACUGCUGAUGAAGCUGUAGAGUUUGGGAUUGUGGAUAAGAUCGUUACUAGACGAUCGGAUGGUGGAGUUGGCGGUGAAGAUGAGAAGAGGUAG